ACUCUAUUGCUAUUGUAAUAACCGUAACGAUAAGUUAAGAAUCGCUUUGACUUGAUCAAAUUGUAGAUAAGAUGGGCGGAGGAGGCGGAGCGGCGACGGCGCAGGCAGAGGCGCAGUACUCGACGGCGAAGACGUCGGUGUGGUGGGACAUAGAGAACUGUCACGUGCCGAAAGGAUGCGAUCCCCACGCCAUCGCGCAGAACAUAAGCUCCGCCCUCGUUCGCACGAACUACUGCGGCCCCGUUUCCAUCUCCGCCUACGGCGACACCACUCGCAUCACUGCCGUCGUCCAGCAUGCCCUCUCCAGCACCGGCAUCUCCCUCAACCAUGUCCCCGCCGGCGUUAAAGAUGCAAGUGACAAGAAGAUUCUGGUUGACAUGCUGUUCUGGGCAGUGGACAAUCCUGCACCUGCUAAUUACUUAUUAAUUUCUGGUGAUCGAGAUUUUUCCAAUGCCCUUCAUCAGUUGCGGCUCAGGAAGUAUAAUAUCCUUCUUGCACAACCUCAGAAAGCUUCUGCACCAUUAGUGGCAGCUGCUAAGAGUGUGUGGCUUUGGACUAGUCUCUUGGCUGGAGGACCCCCUCUUAUGAAUGGUGAAUCACAACAACUUGGUAAUAAUAACAUCCAAUCAUCUUCAGACACCUUACCUAUUCCUGUCUCUAAUGCUGUUCAGAUACCACAGCACAUGGGUUCCUUUUCAGAAGUUCAUGCAGGAAAUCAGAAAUUUCCAAACACAGGAAGGCAACUUGAUUCUAGACAUCAUGGGAAAACGAAUGGGAGAAAUCCAAGUAAAACAAAUGGACCCAAGGCCCUGAAUCCAGCUCCAGAAAAUUAUAGCAAUAUAAAUUCUUCUCAAACUGGCAACUAUACCCAUAAUGUUCCCCCAAGUGGAUCUACCCCAAAUUUUAUUUGUGGCAAUCCUGAUCAAAUGCGGGGCAAGAAUGGUAAUCUACAUUCACAGCCAUUAAGAUCAAACUCUUUUCCUUUGCAACCUCCUUUUAUACCAAAUAAUUCAUUUUCUCCAAAUCCCCAAACUUUUGCAACUUCAGUAGUGCCACCUAGAACUGGUGGACCCAGCUUCUCUGCAGCACCACUACUUAAUGUACCAAAUAUUAGCAAUCGGAAAAUUUCUGGAUAUCCUAGUAAUGCUCAUGAUCCACGCCCUGUUAAACAAUGGAAUGGAGACUUGAAACAAAGUUCUAACAAUAAUGCUCCAAGUCCUGUAAAGUCAAUUGGCGAACAAACUGGACAUAUGGUACAGAACACACAACAAUUGUAUAAUGGCCAUCCACAUGGUCCAGAAUACCAACCUACAUCAUUGACAACUAUGGGUAAUAAUAACCUUCCUGGCAAUGGUAUAUGGGGAUCUCCAGGAUGCCCUAAACCUUCUGAAUAUGUCCAAGGUCUUAUAGGGGUUGUUUUACUUGCCUUGAACACAUUAAAAAUUGAAAAAAUUAUGCCAACUGAGGCAAAUAUAACAGAUUGCAUUCGAUGUGGAGAUCCCAAGCACCGCAACACAGACGUCAAGAAGGCUCUGGAGAAUGCUAUUGAGCAGCAGAUGGUGGUGAAGCAGAAUGUAGGUGCUUUGCAGUUGUUUAUUGGUAAGAAUGAUAAGGUUUGGAAGUGUGUAAGCCCUGUAGGUGGUAAUCCUAAGAAGCACUCAAAAGAGACAUGGAAUGAAAUUAAAAAAUUCCUAUCAACUCCUUCUGGAAGAUUAGUCAUAAUGGGUACUCAGUGCAAGUAUGAAGCAGGUAUUGUGAUUAGAAAUAUGUGCUUGAAAAAUCAUGCUUUGGGUGAUGUCCUACAGAUUUUGAACAUGUUGAUUACCAUUAAAAAAUGGAUUGUGCAUCAACAAUCUGGCUGGCAACCACUUAACAUCACUCUUACUGAGGUCAAUUCUGAUUCAGAGGACAUAGCAUGCCCAUAGCUUCAAAAGGCAUGCAGUGAAAAUGAAAGAGUUACUGAAUAUAUUAAAAGGCAGUUGGACCAGGAAACUAGGAAUGAUCUAAAUAAAUCUCUUUUUCUAAUGCGAAUCAAAGGUAGGUAGUAAAUAAUGAACUGUAGUAUGAUCAGUACCUUGAAUGCUACAUCUUACUAGCGUGGUUAUUGGUAGGGUUCUUCAGUUCUGCCCAAGGGAGAAAUGAAAUUAGCUUUUGGACAAAAUAUGAAACUUGAAACAUGAAAAACUCUAAAGUCUCUUCCGGUUGCCGAGGUUACAAAUUCUCAACCACUAUGGUCUGUUAUACAUCAUACUAUCAUAGUGGAUCUAUCUUGGAAACAAUAUGCCCUUCUGCUUAUUUUGUUACUCACAUUUUGCUUGGAGAUUGACUUAUUGAACUAAACUCCUUGGAUCCUUUGACUUAAGCCUCCUAAUAGCAUCCAGGAUAUUGGCCAACUAUGCAUUGCUGGAAGUAUCUUGAGUUUCACACAAGUUAGGUGAUGUGUUGUUUGUAUAUCACCUGAGAAAUGGUCUACCAAAUCAUAUUGUUCAAGGAUUAUGUCGAAUGCAAUCCAGAAACUGUUGUAUAGCCUAUUGUUUAUUGGUUAUAUCUUCAAAAUGUUGCCGUAACUACCAGACAGACUACAUUAAAUUGCUCAGGAUUGGAGGAAACUGUACUCUUAAGUUUAUCCUUGAAGCUCAUGAUUUACUAUAUUGACCCAUGCACAAGGCAUGUUUCUGGUGGAUUUUCACUAUGAACAAAUCACGAUAUGGAGUUUUUGGAAAUAAUGAAUGAUCGUGAAACCAAAGGUGGCAAUUCUACUAUAUUUCUUGUGUUGAUGGUGCUUAUAGAGCUGUGAUUUUUAAUGUUUAUUAUUUAUUUAGAGUUGGCUUUUGGAAUGUUAUUGUCGAAGUUGAAAUGGGAAUUUGGGUCAUUCAGUCGGCAAUUGGUCUCUGGUCCUGCUGUCUUGUAUUUUCUUUUAAUGCUAGUAACUUUGUGUACAAAUAGUCUAUCUUAUCUUUUUGAAUGUGUUUUCUGUAAUGUAAAUUGUUUAAUGUUAGUAUAGUCACAGUUUUUUGCA